UUGAAUAAGGAAGAAAAGAAAAAGCAGCACCACAACCAAAAACAGGGACGAUUAGAAGUUCAGGACAACACGAGGGAGAAGGGGACCCAAAACCAAAUGAUGGUUCAGGGGAAAGAGAAUUUAGCACUGGCGAAGGGUGUGGGCGUGGGGUUGUGAGAGAGACGGAGAACAGAGUUAAGGUCUCAACUCUCCAAGUUUGGCCCAAAGCUCCGAGCUGCAGAGUUAUUUGAGUAGAUCCAGAUCCCCUCCCCACUCCCCGCCUUCUCUCCAGCGGCCAAGGAGCUCAGAAAAGAGAGAGAGAGACACACAGAGAAAGGGAAACAGGGACCAGAGGUAUAAGCUAGCGGAGAGAAAUCUAGCUCUUUCUCGGCCAUGGAAGCGGUGGUGCGGCUGAAGAAAGGCGAUCGGCGGCUGUCGUGACCCUCCGCCUCCACCACCGCCACCGCCACCACUUUGGAAAAUGGAGUCGGCGAGGCAGCGGUCAGAGAGAAAGAGAAACAAAAGGAGAGAGCCUCCCAGCUAAAAAAAAAACAAAAAGCAGCGAUUUUUUUUUUUUUACACCUUUUAAAAAGGAAAGAGAGCACUCUCUCCUCUCCUCCUCUCCUCUGUUCCACCUGGUGGUAAAUAGAGCUCUUUUCUACUUCCUCCACCAAAACACACACCCAUCCCCGGUUUCCUUAUUUAUUCCAAUACUCAAAAGAGCUUCUUUUCCUUUCUCUCUUCCUUGUUUUCUUCUUUCUUUCUACUGCAGCAGUUCGUUGUGUUGAAAAAGAGUGAAAAAGGGGCAGAGAAAGAAGAGGAAAAGAGGGGAAGCUCCAAGGUCUCAUCUUUGCUGUGCUCUUGGAUCCUAUGGACGCCUACGAGGCGACGAGGAUCGUGUUCUCCCGGAUCCAGAGCCUGGACCCGGAGAACGCCGCCAAGAUCAUGGGACUCCUCUUGAUCCAGGACCACGGCGAGAAGGAGAUGAUACGCCUUGCCUUCGGCCCCGAGACCCUCGUCCACUCCAUCGUCCUCAAGGCCCGCAACGAGCUGGGCCUCGUCCCCGUCUCCUCCCCCGCCUCCCCCUCCGCCACAGCCGGCGGCGGCCCCACCUCCCCCUUCCUCCUCGGCCGGCAGAACUCUUCUAGACUCCUCGGUGGCCUCACCGUCAGUUCCCCCACCUCGUGGGCUCCGCCACCGGUUUUCUCGAGGAGUAGUAGUGUGAGCAACGUUAAUGGCGUGGGCGACGAUAUACAGAGCCCGGACGAGCUCGUGAGCCCCAGCAACCAGGCGGUGGCGUCGCCGUUCUACGGCGCCGGGGAUCUCAUCAACGAGCUCCAGCUCCCGGACCAGCUUUCCUUCCUCAACGACACCGCCUCCGCCGUCCCGGUCACCGCCCCGAGCCCCGCCCAUGGCCUCCAUAUCAGCCCCAAAGGCGGCGAUUUUUUCUACCCGGAUGUCGCUGGGGAGUGCCGGAGCCCGAGCGGUGGCGGGGACGGCAUGCUGUUACCUUACUCCAUUGGCGGUGGGGGUGGGUGGGGGGCGAACGGCGGCCACCAUCGCCGCAGCUUCUCCGUCGCCGACGCCUGCCUCGGGUCGGAGGCGGCCGGAGCGGGAUUUGGGUGGCGGCCUUGCCUCUACUAUGCGAGGGGGUACUGCAAGAACGGCGCGAGCUGCCGCUUCCUCCAUGGGGUCCCCGACGACACCGCCAUCGCCGCCAUGGCGACCGGUGGCAAGAUGGACCCCGUCGUCGAGCAACAGUGCCAAGAGCUUCUUCUGAGGUCCAAAUCCCAGAGGCUGGGCGGCGCCUCCCAGCUCAUGGCCUCCGCCUUCCCUUACUCCCCCACUGGAUCAGUGCCGGCCUCGCCUUCAUCCUCCAUCAAAUGCACAAACUUUCUCCUCCAGCAGCAGAAUGAAAGCCAAAGGGCGGCGGCAGCGGCGGCAGCGGCGGCGCUGAUGUUGGGCGGCGGCGACGAGACACAGAGGUUCAUGGGGCGGUCUCGGAUGGAAAGGACCGACUUUGCGGCGAUGUCGAACCCGGCGUCGCGACAGAUCUACCUGACCUUCCCGGCCGACAGCACCUUCCGGGAAGAAGACGUCUCCAACUACUUCAGCAUCUAUGGGCCAGUACAGGACGUGAGGAUACCGUACCAGCAGAAGCGGAUGUUUGGAUUUGUGACCUUCGUCUACCCGGAGACGGUAAAGCUGAUCCUUGCCAAGGGCAACCCCCACUUCGUCUGCGACGCCAGGGUCCUCGUCAAGCCCUACAAGGAGAAGGGCAAAGUCCCCGACAAGUACAGAAAGCAGCAGCAACAGCAGGCUGAGAGGGGGGAUUUCUCUGGGUGUUCUACUCCCACCGGCCUGGACUCCAGAGACCCUUUUGAACUAUCUCAACUUGGGCCAAGGAUGUUGUACAGCUACAAUAGCAGCAGCCAAGAGACAAUUUUGAGAAGGAAGCUAGAAGAGCAGCAACAGGCAGCGGAGCUCCAGCAAGCCAUCGAGCUCCAAGGGCGGCGAUUCAUGGGCCUCCACCUCGACCUCACAACCCGAAACCACAUCACUUUGGCCGCUACCGCUUCCACCACCACCACCACCAUCUCAACACCCACCAUCGUCCCUGCUCCAACUGAUGCAAAGAUCGGCAGCAACCAAGAAGCAGCAACAUCCCAAGAUAAGAGCCUGAAUAGUUGUGCAACAGUGGCAGAGCAGCGGCCGGGCAGCAGCCCCCAUGGGGUUGCUCCCCAGCCGGUGGUCAAUGCUGCUGCCAACAAGGAGGAAUCAGCUGGAGAUCCUACCCACAAUGAAGAUGGUUGCUCCCAAGAAAGUUUGGAGCACAACCUGCCAGAUAGCCCCUUUGCCUCACCCAUCAAAGCUUCCUUCGCCGGCAACUCGUUCUCCAAUACGUCAUCCACCGAAGCAGACUUGGUCGCUGCUUCUCUCCCUCAGAAUAACAGCAGUAAUCUUCUCAUGACCUCGACGUUGUUCCCCCCCACUUCUACGCUUGACAUGGCUUCCUUCAAUUCAUGCUUCUUUCAAAUGCCUAGGUUCUCUUCGGGUCAUGGAGCUGUGGGGAUGUGAAUAGGUGAAAGAAAAGGAUUAGAAGCUGGAAACAAGGAAAAGAGGACAACAAAUUUGGCUCAUAGGUUACUUUUUUUUUCUUUUUUAAAUUUAGUUAUAGACAAGAAAAGGUCCCACACUCCAUCCCCUACCUCUCUUUAAACCAGAAGGCUCACUACUGCCGGAAGAAGACGAAAGGGACAAGAUGAGGGAUGUGAUAUGAGGAAGGAGAGAGGAAUGGUAAAGGCCAUAGCUAUCAUCUUUUAUCCAUUAAUGAGUGCAGCUUAGUUACAGUACUCUACUACACUACGGGUCAUCUGCCUACUUGCCCUUCUACUAAAUAUGUCAUGAUAGUUGCAUACGGAGUAACAGACACCGAAACAGAAGAAGAGAAAGAGAACAGACAAAAGCAAGACUGAUCUCAGAAAGGACAGCAAAUGUAAGCAAAGGACCAAGCCAUAGCGGAGAAGAGAGAAUCGAGAGGACCGUCGCCACUGUGUCACACCUAUCAUCCUCUCUCCCGUGUAUCUCCACCCUACCUCCCUCUUGUUGAGCUUUUUCCUUUUUGAUGUUAGUUUACUGUAGGAAGUGACAAGGAAAACCCCAAAAAAAGGAAAGGAAACCGACAAAUAAUUACUGCUCGUUUUACAUGGUGCUAUUUUUCGUGUUGGAUGUUACUUUUUAUAUUUUUUUAAGGAGGGAAACUAGUUGUAUGCAUGCACGUAGUCAAGAUUGGCUUCUGUGUGGUGUGAAUCAUAAACUACUACCUCCAUAUAUAUAUAUAGUCUUGCAUCCAUAUCAUCCGUAUCAUGCUGGAUGCAGAAUUUGAAGGUGGAUUGGGUUUGCCUUGAA